AUGCCCUCAAUCAAAAUGGCGGCCAGCGAGAAGAAGCGCUCGUCCCCCGCGGCGGCGGCGGCGGCGGGGAUCGAACAGAGCCGGGCGGCCUUGUCAAAGAAUGGCGUCGCCGAGGGCGAGGCGGAGUUCCUCCUGCAGGCCGGAGUGACCGACAUGGUGCGAGGGGCUCCCUUGAGAGUGCUCGAAGCCCGGCCGGAGAAACCGGUCGAUUUCCUGGCCGGCUAUUUCGAGAAGCUGAUGCAGAGCCGGGAGGCGGCGCCGGAGGCUUUGUCGGAUGCCGGGGACCCCCAGUGGCAGCUGCACCUCGACCGGGCCUUGUGGUACCUGGGCCUGGCCCACCAUUCCCACAGGACAGCCUUUAACAACAAUGUCCACUCAGCCUACGAUUCUCUCAGUGCUGGUGGGAAGUGCAAGAAGCCCGGGGUCGAUGGGAAGACCUACAGCGAGCUGCUGAGACUGUUGUGCCAAGACAGGGGCGCCUCUGAAGAGACCGUGCAGCCUCUGCUGCAGAAGGUCUCCUGCCGAGACCACGAAGCGGUGCCCUUUGACAUCUUCCGCUAUGGGGCCCUCACCUGUCUGAUCCUUCUGGAGUUCCUGGCCAAGGCAGGCAGCCUCUACGAUGCCCUUGAUGGUGGCUCCGGAACCGCAGAUAAAAGGGUCUGCGCAGCUGUCCUGGGCACUCUCGAAGAAGCCCUCCACAUAGCCGAUGUCUCUCCUCCCAUCCGUUAUUUGGAGGCUGGAUCCAAGCUCAGGCCAGACUGCUUGGCUUUGGCGAUGGACCAAGCGCUGGCAGAGAGGAAGGCCAGCGUGGCCAUGAAGAAGGACGAGUUUCUCAAGAGGGCUUCAUCCAUCUUUAUCGCCAAAGUGAAGCCGAUUAACUGAGCCCCAGAGAGAAAGGUUUGGCUGUCUCUGCUUCCUGACUGGCAGUUAGCUUUAUCAAUGGAACGAGGGGCCAGUGUGUCAGUGGACACUGACUUGGUGUUUUCUGGGGGUGCAGGCAAGGGGGAUCUCCAGAGGAGAAGAAUCAGUUUGCUUUCCACUGUUGGGUAUGCCAAAAGGCUGGACUGCCUCUUGUUAUUUGUUUACUUAUUUAUUAUUUGUUUAUUAUUAUUUAUCUACUUGUUUACUUACUUAUUAGAUUUCCUUCAGGAGCUCAAGGCAACAGACAGAGCACUCCCUCCUCCUAUAUUUCUCCACAGUCACAACCUUGUGAGGUCAGUUAGGCUGGGAGAGAGAGGCUGGCCCAGUCACCAGGGAGCUUCUGAAGACAAGGGUGUUUUUCCUCUGCAGGGGCUUGCCCCCCCCUUUAGGCCACCAAGUGCUUGGGCAAGUGUGGUCUGGAGGUGAUUGAGCCUCCUGUGGGACAGGGUGGGUUCUGGGGCUGCUUGUGGGUGGGAGGAAGUACGAUUGGGUCUGUGUGCCCAGGCCUGGGCGGAAGGGUUAGUAGUAGGUAGGGGGAACUGGGAGGCAGGCAGGAGCUUCUAGAUGGUGAUGGUCAGAGGCAGGUAUUAAGGGAACCUGGGGGCGGCCUGCAUUUGGGACAUCAGGUCCACUGCCUGAAAGCAUUCCUGUUGUUCGGCCCUUGGCUUCUACCCUCAACGCCUGGCUAUCGCAUCCUCUGUGACCCUGGGCUGCAGCUGCUGCUUUUCAGUGCCAAGCUGGUGUGUAUUAAAGCUGCCCUCAUUGAUCAUUCUAUUAUGGAUAAGGGUGCCACCUGUCAUGUCUAACCAAGAUCUGUGUGGGCCCAGAGUGGGGGAGUGCCUCUCUCAGAAUUAUGCCCACCCGGGUUUUGGGUUUUGCACCAUCCGAGACUCCAGGGGAGGGCGGCUGUCAUCAUUGCAGGCUCUUAGGCUCUGUUCCACAAAGAACUAGAUGUGAGGUGCUCUGGUUUCUACGGAACCGUUGGGAUUGUUGCUGGUGUACCACCCUCCCUACUACCCAGCUUCAUCCCUACCUGUGCUGCUGGUUUCCAUUGCUGGGCUGACAAUAAAGUCCCCAAGGCCGCUGGUGCUUAGGGAUUUUAAUCUGCCACCUGGUGACGUUCAGCUAAGAGCAGUUCUAGAGUUUGUGGCCUCCAUGGCAACCAUGGCCCUGUCCCAAGUGAUCACUGGUCCAAGGCGUACUGAUAGCUGCCUCUUAGAUCUUGUUUUUGUCUCAGGACAGUUGUGACAUCAACUGGUAGUGGAGGACAUUGACAUCAGUCCAUUGCCAUCGACAGAUCAUUCUCUGAUUGCCUUUUGGCUCACUAGUGUCACCUUCUCCUGCAGGAAAAAGAGGUCCUUGGGGCUCCGUCUUAUAGUGUGAACUGGGAAGAGUUUGAGCCAUUGACUCCUGAGGAAGUGUACAGGGUUCUAUGUGCUGUUAGCUCAACUGCCUGUGUGCUGGAUCCAGAGACCCCCCGGUGUUGAAAGCGGCCAGGGAGGUGACCUGUGAUUGAGGCCUUGCUGUACUGUUGGCCACUUUGACAGAGGGGUAGUGCCUCUGGCUUGAAAGAGAUGGUAGUAUGCCCCUUCCUCAAGAGACCAUCCUUAGACUCAGCACUAUUAGAUAACUACCACCCCAUUUCCAACCUUUGAGAAGGUGGUUGCAGAGAAUCCUGGAGGAAGCAGCUUAUCUAGACCCAUUUCAGUCAGGAUUUAGUAUGGAGACAGCUUUGGUGACCCUUGUAGAUGACCUGUGACAAAGCUGAGAUGGUGGUGGUACGUCCAUCCUUGUGCUCCUUGAUCUCUCGGCAGCUUUCAAUACCAUCAACCAUGGUGUCCUUCCACACCGCCUCCAGAGGUUGCAAAUUGUUUUAUGAUGAUUCUCUUCCUUCCUUCAGGGCCAAUGUUAGUGUUGAUUGAGAGGCAGAGGUUGCUCCCACGGCCCUUCCUUCGUGGGAUGCCACAGGGCUUGACACACACUCCCUUCCUAUUUAACAUCUACAUGAAAUUGCUGGGUUUGGAGUUCAGUAACAUCAGUAUGCUGAUGAUACCCAAUUACAUUUUUCGACACUGGGCUGGUCAAGUGAGGCUAUCAUGAUUCUAUUCCAGUGCCUGGAGGUUGUGCAGUCUUGGAUGGGGAGGGACCAUCUCCAACUCAAUCUUACCAAGACCAAGUGGCUGUGGGUAUUAGGGCCACUUAGAUCCAGGGAAACCUUGAAUGGGGUUGCACUUCCCUAUUUGAGGGUGAUGCACAAUCUGGGAGUCUUCUUGGAUUCACAGCUCCUGCUCAAUGACCAAGUGGCCAGGAAGGCCUUUGAACAGUUUCAUCUGGUAUGCUGGUUGUGCCCUUUCCUGGAUCAGGGGACUUUUCAGACAGUCACUCAUGCCCUAGUCACCUCUUGGCUUGACUACUGCA